AUGGAUUCUCUUGAUAUGAAAAUGCCAGGAUUUAUGGUCUACUGUGUAGUAGUAGCCUGUCUUGGCUCCUUCAGUAAUGGCUGGGUCAUUGGUUCCGCCAAUGUGCCUGGUGAAGUGACUCAUGCUUGCGAAAACGGCGCUGCACAUAUUGCUAGUGCUGCGUUUCCAGAUUGUCUACCUAUGAAUACAGGUCUCUGGGGCUUUGCUGUUGCCUCUUUCUGUGUGGGUGGUCUCUUUGGUGGUCUCUUUGGUGGCCAAAUCCAAACAAAAUUCGGUCGUAAAAAGACCAUCAUUUUCAACAAUAUGGGCUGGAUUGUUGGGGCCUUGUUGAUCGGUGUCGCUGUCAAUCCUGCCAUGUUCAUAGUUGGUCGUAUUCUUUGUGGUCUUUCUUGUGGCCUUGGUUCACUUUCCACGCCUACCUACGUUGGUGAGAUCUCCACUAUCAAAGCUCGUGGUACCAUGGGUACCUGUAACCAAUUUGCCAUUGUUAUUGGUAUCCUACUUGCUUCGGUCAUUGGUCUUCCUCUUGCCUACGUCCCUCUUUGGAGAAUCAAUUAUGCUAUCGUCGCCAUUCCUGCUAUUGCUCAAUUUUUCUUGAUGGCUGGAUGUCCUGAGUCUCCUCGUUAUCUCAUUUCCAUCAACCGUAUUGAAGAAGCUAGAGAAGCUCUUCAAAGGCUGCGUCCCAAUGCCAACAUUGAUAAAGAGUUCUUUAGUAUGGUAGAAGGCCAGUUGGGUCUAGCCGCUGCUGAAUCUUUGACCGGCACCGAUAUCAAGCCUGGAUUUGAUGAGACUGACUUGAAGGAUAACUACAACGAGGAACACAUUGAAGAUGGCAUUGAGCUUACAAAAACACCUACCUCCAUAACAGAAGGUCCUGGUGGUGCCGCUGGUGUCCAUGAUACGUUGGGCAUGGUGGGUAUCUUUAAGGAUCCUCUUAUCUGUCGUAUUGCUCUCACUGUCAUCACGCUCCACAUCACUCAACAAUUGAUUGGUAUGAACGCUGUAAUGUAUUACUCUACUACCAUCUUCAACAUGUCGUUUGAUGCCGAGAUGUCCAUGUACAUGGCUAUUGUCACUACUGCUGUCAACUUUGCUUCUACCAUCUUGUCCUUGAUCUUGAUUGACCGUAUGGGCCGUCGUCCUUUGCUCUUGAUUGCGGAAACCGGCGCUUGUAUCUUUUCUGUGCUCUUGAUUAUCGGCUAUGUGUACAAUAUUGGCGCUCUUUUGAUUGUAUCUGUCUUUGGUUAUGUCGUUUCCUUUGCUAUUGGUGUUGGACCCAUUCCUUGGAUGAUGACCUCUGAAUUGACACCUGUCUAUGCUUCAUCUGCUGUCGGUUCUGUCGCUACUGCUGUCAAUUGGGCCAUGAAUUUCUUGAUCGGCCAAUGUUUCCCUCUUAUCUUUGCUGGUAUCAAGGGCUACUCAUUUGCCAUUUUUGCCGGUGUCGCCGCUGCUGCUGUUGCCUUUACUUACUAUUGUGUUCCAGAAACCAAGGGUCGUUCAGUUGAAGACAUUGUCAUGGACUUUGAAGUCAAGAAGGCUGCCUAA